AUGUCGACGGGUACUUUCAACAUGCUUGUGAACGGCAAGAUGGUGAAUUCGGACACGUCUUUUGAUGUGAUUAAUCCUGCUACUGCCGAAGUGGCUGCCCAGGUCCCCGAAUGUACCGAGGCUCAGUGUGUGGAAGCCAUUGAUGCCGCCAACAAGGCCUUUAAAACGUGGCAGGCGGUCGACAUGGCGGAACGCAAAAAGUGUUUGGAACGCAUUAUUAAAAUUGUCGAGGACAAUGUGGACGAAUUGUCCAGGUUGGUCGUCCUGGAACAAGGCAAAUCCCUCGCCGCCGCCAAGAUUGAAGUCUUGGGACUCAACUGGUUGAUUGGCAAUGCUCUCAAAAUUGAAACUCCUCCCGAUGUUUACUCGGAUACGGACGAUCGUCGUAUUGAAGUCCGUCGCAAACCCGUUGGCACCAUUGCUUGCAUCACCGGAUGGAAUUUCCCACUCUUUCUCGCCGUCCAAAAAAUUGCUCCCGGCGUCGUCUUGGGCAAUACCAUUGUUUGGAAACCCUCUCCCUACACUCCUCUGUCUCCCCUCAAAUUUGCCGAACUGGUCCAAGAUGUUUUCCCUCCCGGUGUGUUCAACGUCGUCACCGAUGCGGCGCCUCCCAACAAUGCCUUUAAUGCCGGUGCUUUUUUGACCAAUCAUCCCAAGAUUGACAAGGUGUCUUUCACAGGAUCCGUACCUACCGGAAAAGCCAUCAUGGCGGCCUGUGCUUCCAACGUGAAACGCCUCAAUUUGGAACUCGGAGGCAAUGAUUGUGCCAUUGUUCGCGGCGACGUCGAUGUCAAGGAAACGGCCCAAAAAGUAUUCAAUGCCGCCUUUGGUCUGUCCGGACAAGUCUGUGUCGCCGUCAAGCGCGUGUUGGUCCACGAGUCCAUCUUUGAUCAAUUCCAAACGGAAAUGGUCUCGAUCGCCACGGCGGCCGAACAGAAAAUGGGCAAUGGCUUGGAGGAGGGCAUUGAAUACGGACCCCUCACCACAGAAUUUCAAUGGACCAAAAUCAAGGAUUUGGUCGAAGACGCCAAGUCGCAAGGUGCCCAAGUGCAAUGUGGUGGAGGCACGUUUGCGGACAAGAAGGGAUAUUUCUACAAACCCACCAUUGUCACCGGUGCCAAGGAAGGCAUUCGCCUCUGGGACGAAGAGCAGUUUGGUCCCGUCUUGCCGCUCGCGCCCUUUGCUACGGAUCAAGAGGCGGUAGAACGAGCCAAUGAUUCCGAAUUUGGAUUGGGCGGUUCGGUCUGGAGCAAGGACAUGGCUGUGGCCAAUGACAUGGCCGCCAAAAUCCUCAGUGGCACCGUUUGGGUCAAUCAGCAUUCCGACAUUACGGGAGCUCCCUUUGGAGGGUUCAAGCAGAGUGGUAUUGGUCGUGAGCUUGGCAAAUCCGAUGUCGAUGCCUUUACCGAGCUUCAAACACUCUCGUUGGCCAAGUAA